AUGAUUCUCCUGCCGCUCCUGGUCGUACUGUCAACCUUCAUAUUCUUGCUGCUUGUAUUCCUUAUAUGUGUUCUGCUGCUUCGGAGGCGAAGAGGUAUCCGGCUUCGGGAUGGGGAACUCCCAGUGGACCUCAGCAGGGAGGAUUUGGUCGAAGGAGAAGGAGGGUUUGAAGGCGUGGAAUCCCGAUGGCUGGAAACAGUGAGCGAAACAGAGCGGAGAGAGUACAAUCGCGCCAAGGAUUACCAGCGCAGUUACCCCCCAAACUCAUUGCCCACCGACAUUACGUUAUCCCAGUUCCUGUCCAUCCAGGAAAAAGGCGUUUCUGCUUGGUCCUUCGAGCCAGACUACGAGACUAUCUCUUCGGUUCUCGUCCAUGCUAGGACUGAGAUCACGUUCCUACCGGACCCUGAAUCGGCCUCCAGCGUCCAGUCGAACCUUCCUCUACCGAAGUUGAACGAAGUGUACUACUGGGAGGCCAAACUCUUUGACCUUCCCGAAGCCACGAAUGUGGCUAUCGGACUUGCUACGAAGCCAUAUCCCCCCUUCCGGUUACCGGGGCUCAAUCGCUUUUCGGUUGCGUACCAUUCAAACGGCGACAAAUCGUAUAAUUGGCCGUUUACGUCUUCCACUUUCGGCCAACAGUUGAAAGAGGGCGACGUGUUGGGCGUUGGAUAUCGACCCCGCAGCGGCACCGUGUUCUUCACUCGCAAUGGGAGGAAGACGGAGGAUGCUUUUGUUGGCCUGAACCGUUGGAACCUUUUCCCCACGGUUGGUGCUGAUGGACCAUGCAGCAUUCACGUGAACCUUGGACAGGCGGGCUUUGUUUUUAUCGAAGCGAAUGUCAAGAAGUGGGGAUUGGCUCCGAGCGUCGGAACCCUAGCUCCCCCUCCGGCAUAUGGCAGCGAACGUGGCAGCAUUCUUCUUGCGGCAGGUAGUGCAAUUCCUGUUAUCGGCGCCAGCCCAACCUCGCGGACACCUCCAGAAGCUGGCGCAGCCUCCCCGGCCUCCGGCCACUCCCGACGUUCAAGUCGUCGCAGGCGACCGAAACCGUCGUCUGCUCCGGUGGCUGCGUCGCCCCUACGGACCACCCCUUUGAUGGCGGAUCAGAAUCUACCGCAUUCCCCGCCGCCUCCAAUCACACCCAUAGACGAGGAGCCGGACGAGACUCCAGGGGCCGGGCCUUCGACUUCUCCUCGGUAUAUCUCACCUACGGACAUACCCUUCCACACUCCCGCGAACACGACUUUACCGUCAUCUCCUCCCACAGAACCUGGCGAAGAGCUCUCUAGCUCCUCACGCUCUUCAUCUCGAUCGAGCACGCCAGGUGCGGACUACUUCAAUACACCACGUCGCCAUCAGCCUCACUCCUCGAUAGGCUCCGCACGGGAACUCGCCGUCCAGAUCCACCCACCCCCUGAGUCACCCAUGACACCCAACCCGCCAACUCCGAAUCAACGCGACAUUGGUUUGCAAGCCCUGUCCGGCAGUCAUGCCAGGAAUUCUGAAAUCCGCGUUCCCUCAGAUACUCUCUCACCCGCGACGGCCUUGCGGCGUAAUGAGCCCCCGCCACCUUCGUACUCGCCCUUGGAUCCCUUCCAAUACGCAGAGGGUGUCCAGAUCGAUUUACCAGCUGAGGUGAUCGCGGCCGCGCUUGAAGGCGGCCCCCUUCCUAUCAGUGCCAUCGGGCAGAGCAACACUCGCGCGGAGAGGCACCGCAGCCGACGUGAAGGACGCAGUGGCCGCUAA